CACGCCCCCUCUGCGGCGACUUCCGGCGGGGAGCCGGGAGCUACGGGAGCCGCGAUGGCCAUCUUCAGCGUGUACGUGGUCAACAAGGCCGGCGGGCUGAUCUACCAGCUGGACCACUACGCGCCCCGCGCCGAGAGCGAGAAGACCUUCGGCUUCCCGCUGGAGCUGGUGCUGCGGCCGCACGACGAGCGCGUCCUGGUGGCCUUCGGGCAGCGCGACGGCGUCCGCGUGGGCCACGCCGUGCUGGCCAUCAACGGCCUGGAGGUCAACGGGCGCCUGACGGCCGACGGGCGCGACGUGCUGGAGUUCCUGAGCAGCCCGGCCAACUUCCCCGUGGCCAUCCGCUUCGGCCGCCCGCGGCUCUCCUCCAACGAGAAGCUCAUGCUGGCCUCCAUGUUCCACUCGUUGUUCGCCAUCGGUUCGCAGCUGUCUCCCGAGCCCGGCAGCUCCGGCAUCGAGAUGCUGGAGACCGACACCUUCAAACUGCACUGCUUCCAGACCCUGACAGGGAUCAAAUUUGUGGUUCUCGCUGACCCACGGCAGUCAGGGAUAGACUCCCUGUUGCGCAAGAUCUACGAGAUUUAUUCAGACUUUGCUCUCAAGAACCCGUUCUAUUCCUUGGAGAUGCCAAUCAGAUGUGAACUCUUUGAUCAACACCUGAAAUUAGCACUGGAAGUAGCGGAAAAAGCAGGACCAUUUGGACCAGGCCUAUAGGACAGAUUUUUCCUGUUUCAGCAUCCUAUUGGAUUCUUUCCAGCAUGACUGGGUCAGAAAAAGGUUUUCGGGCAAGUCGUCUUCCUGGCUGUUCUCCACACUGAUUUUCAGCUAAAGUCACCCUUGGUGAGAAUGGUCAGAUCCAGGGGAAGCUGCAAGCUGAGUUACGUUAUUUCCUGGGGCUUGCUGAUAUAUGUGUGUGUAUAAAUACGUGUGUGUUGCUGUUCUGUUGUGUAAAUAAAGCAUUCCAGACAGAG